CUCUCGAAAUCCUUAUUAUACCUCCAAUCUUGGCAAUUGUUAAUUCACCGAUUCCCGUAAUUAUUGAUACAGAUGGUGAUUCAGAUGACUUCCUUGCAAUCCUUUAUGCUCUUAAAUCUAAGGAAAUUGAUGUGCGAGGAGUUACUUUCCAAGGAGAUGGAUGGUCCCACGCAGCUUCGGCUCAGAAUAUAAUUCAUAUAAUUGAUGAUAUUUAUUCUGGAAAGAAUAUUCCGGUAAUACUUGGACCAGACUAUAAUCUCUACGAGACAGACCAAGAUCCUAGUUCAUUAGGCUCCCCAGGUUGUACCUACCAGAAAUCGGUCCCAGAAGGAGCGGGCGGAAGACGUGAUGCAGACUUAUUAUAUGGCCUUAAUACUCAACUCAGAAUAUCAAAACGGAUAUGGUAUGACGUUAUUAAAGGGUUUAAUAUCACUCGCGACUUCGCCGACCUCAUUGACUCUGUAAUUAAACAAACUGGAAAGAAACCCACAAUAAUAGCAAUCGGUCCUGGUACUAAUAUUGCCACCCUCCUACGUGCCUUUCCAAUUUAUUCCAAAAAAAUAGAACGAGUUGUCUGGUUAGCUGGAGCUUUAGAAGUUCCUGGGAAUUUAUUUAGCGUUUCGAGUAAUACUCGGGCCGAAUUCAACGUUUUUCUUGACUGCGUCGCUGCUAAAGAACUACUUUCCUCCGACUUAAGCAUCACCUUAGUGCCACUCGACUUUACCGGCGAAACGCUUCUCAAUAUUGCUUUCUUUGAUAAACUAUCAAAUCUUACAAGUUUUUACGGGAAAUUCACUUAUGAUCUUUUGUCUACUAUUCGAACAACAUGGGUUGGUGGAGAUCCUGCGUUUUUUGUUGGAUAUCAACUUUGGGAUCCUAAAGCUGUAGCCGUUGUUAAAGGAAUAGGUGUCUCGGAGGUUGCAUCAAACCGUUCAUUGGCUGUUACCUGCGUUGGAGAUAUAAACAAAGAUGGCCAGUUUCUAAUUUCUCAAGUUUUAACCAAGGCUAACUUCCAGAUUGCAACUAAGGCUGAGGUUAGUAAUCCAAUUGAAGAUUCUCCAUUCUUCAACGAUUUUCUUGAUGUGCUUAGUGAAGAUUAG